AUGGCAUUCACAGCCGCGGUAAGUAGUCGUCGAGAAGGUGCCUCGGAGUGGAGAUCUUCACCGCGCUGCAUGCUGACCCUCGGCUCAUCCUCAACCCCUUCCUGACUCUGGUCAUUCAGCUGCGAGCCAAAGGCUCGAGCACUGGCGCAUUUGCAGCUCUUGCUCUCGGAGUCGGUGCAUCUACCAGCACUGCCUUGCUGAUGCCUGUGCUCGCUGAUGGGCACGAGUCCCACAAGGUACGUACGCCGCAGGUGCGGUCAAUCUCGAUUCACCAUGCUCGCCCGCGUUCUGACCUUUGACUCUCCCUUCAUACAUGCGCAUUCUAGCUGCCCAUCUAUCCUCAACCCACACCACCAGUGACACUGAUCGAGACCCAUACUGCUUUGGAAGGCCAUGUUGGGGACGCGAGGCGCGCUUUGCAGAGCUCGUUCAGUGAUCUGAAGGGCUACGUGCAGAGCGGAGUCAGUCGAUGGAUUGGUGUGGAAAGAGCUGUGGAAAGUGAGUGUGGUGCUGCGCAUCUGCGCACGACUGAAUCGCCUCCGCCUUUACCGUUUGCGAAAGGGUGACUGAGAGCUAAGCGGCACACUCGAUGCCCUCGCCCACUUUACUGCUUCCUCGCAGACCGUGUCUCUUCGCUCGUUUCCGACAGCGAACCUCUUACACCCGGAAUCCUCUACAUCGGUGUCGCCACUCUUGCAAGUUCCGUCUUCACACGAUAUCGUGAGGCAGCAUCCGAAAGUCUGCAAGUUGCAACAUAGCAAAGCUGACUCGAUCAUCCUCUCUUCCGCUCAAUCCAGGUGCUCUUCCGCUGCGUCUCCUGACGCCUCCUUUGGCCCUCGUCGUGUCUUCUCAAUACUUUUUGCCAAAGACAACCUCCAAUGUCUCUUCCUACUACGUCGAGCUGGAGGGUAGACACUUCCCAGCUGUAAAGGAGCACAGGGAAUCCGCGCUGCAGUCGGUUCGAGGUCUACUGAGCAGCGCUGGAAAGAGCACCAAGGAAGCUCGAGAGGAGGCUGCAAAGGCAUGGAAACGGAGUCUCAAGAGCGUGGAGGACGUUAGCGGACUGAAAGUAGCUGGUCAGGAUGCCAGAGAUAUUGCUCAUCAGGUCGAAGCCAAGGCGAAGAGUGUGUAA